AUGGAAGGUACCGAUCGAUCUUCAGGACACGAACGCGACCCUUCUCCACCAUCACGACCGCUGCCUUAUCUUCCUGGCCCAGCUGUAGCGAAUUAUGGUGCCAGUGGCAGUCGAAGCCAUGUUUAUGAAGGUGGAUACGGCUCUCUGGUUGGGUCCAUGACAAUAGAUGGCAGCCGGGGCGCUGGAGGCUCCCCUUUGAUGGGCAUGAGGCCCGAGACUGGAACGACCAUGGAGCUGGAGUCAACAGACAUGAUGCAGGUUUAUCAACAGGACUUGGAGCAAUUGCGCCAGCAGUCAUCACAGCAUAUGCCUGGGGUCCAACAGCAGCAGCAAGCGCAGCCAGGCUUCUCUGCCACCGCCACCGGCGCCACGGCUGGCCCCCCAAAGCCGAUUCGCCGGAGGAUGCGAAUGAUCACAUCAUGUCUUGAAUGUCGGCGGCGCAAGCUGAAGUGCAACAAAUCAAACCCGUGCACCAAUUGCCUCAAGUUCUCCCGCGAUUGCCUGUACCUGGGACCUAAGCUUGACGAGGCGAGCCAGCUGCGGCUCACAGAGAUCAAGGAGAAGGUCGGCUCCCUGGAGCGCCAACUGGAGAGAGAUGUGGCAAAAUCCGGAUCCCGUGGCUUUUACCAGCAAAGAAUACUUGCCGACGAUGUAGAGGGCGAGUUCGACGAGGAGCGGGGUCUUGAGAUCACCCCCAUGGUGGCGCUCGACCUCACGUACGAGGACGACGCCGAUGGAACGGACGACGUUAUGGACUUGGGUGUGCAGGUGGGCAAGAUGCGGCUUACAGAGAAAAUCGGUGGUCUGAACAGGCCGAGGAUAUCGGAGGAGGUAAGUCUUUCCGGUGGCGUGCAACACCCCGAUAGUGGCUCAUUCCCGCCGAAUGUGCCCUUGCCGCCGGGCCAACCAGGCACUUUCUCCGAUUCAACGGGCGGCGAGCAAUCUAUGCCCGAAUUUUUGCGCCCUGGCACGUCGUACAUACCGCCAACGAGCGGCGUCUUCUUUGGCAAAGUGGUCCAGUCACCGAGUCUGUUGACCUUUCUCCCCACAAAACCAGCUGGUGACCGCCUAAUUCAGUACUACUUCGAGAGUGUGCAUCCCAUUGCCCGGUGCGUUCAUAGACCUUCAUUCGAAGUUCAAUAUGCCACUUUCUGGGAGGAGGCGGCGGAUGGCUAUGAACCGCGAGCCUCAGCUCAGGCUGUGGUGUUUUCCGCGUGGUUGAGUGCCGCCGUCGCACUGGACGAGACGGCAAUCAACCGAGAAUUCGGCUUGACCAAGGCCAACCUGGUCGAGAAUAUGAAGGUCGGGACCGAGGUUGCACUGAGCAAGUCCAACUUCCUCAGGACCACGAGGGUGGAGACCUUACAGGCAUUUGUGAUGUACAUGAUCCCUCUCUGCCGGGAGGAGGUCUCACGAGCUCAUUCCGUGCUUGUCGGCGCGGCAGUCCGGAUGGCAGAGUGUAUGGGCCUACACCGAGACGGAAGCAGAGCGUACAACCUCAACGCCUUGGAGACACACGUCCGGCGCCUGAUAUGGCACCAGCUGUGCUUCUUGGACAUCCGGACGUGCGAGGCCCAGGGUCCUAAGCCGGCCAUCAGGAGGGAGGACUAUGACACCUGGCUGCCGGACAAUUGCGAGGAAGAGCAGCUGUCAGGUCUGACGCGGCAGCUGUGCGUGGCCGGCAACUGGACGACGAUGCUUUUCCCGCUGAUCCGCUUCGAGGUCAACGAGAUGAUGCGCAUCAUAUGGGCUGACAGGCGCAAGCUCGAGGCGCGCAAGAUCACCCUCACGCAGGUCCUCACCAAGAUCGAGAACUUCCGCAAGCGCAUGUUUGACAGCUACAACCACCUCCUCGACGAGCGCGUCCCCAUCCAGCGGUAUGCCAAGCUCGUCAUGCACCUGCUCAUGUACCGGCUGCACGUCAUGGUCCUCCACCCCUACUACGCCAACACGGCCAGCCCUAUGCCGCAGCGCCUGCGCUCCGUCUUGAUCACGAGCGCCGUCACCAUCAUCGAGAUCGCCAUCCAGCUCGACACCAGCCCGGCCUUUCAAUUGUGGAGAUGGUACAACGGGGCGUAUCAGCAGUACCAGGCGGCGCUGAUCCUGGCGACGGAGAUGUUCUACCACCCAGCCCACAGGGACGCAAACAGGAUAUGGGCGUGUCUUGAUUAUGUCUUUGGCUUAGAUCAACAUCUGACAAACGAGGAAAAGGGCAAACAGGUGCUCUCGGAGAUCAUGACCAAGAUGGGGGCGUACAUGAGCAUGCGGAAGAUGAGGGCGCCGACAUGGACUGCGGCCGCGAGUCCAUCUCAACAGCCUGUGAGGGAAGCCAGUGCUGAUGGUGGUGGCAGCGCUUCUGAUUCUACUUCUGCUGCGAGAUCUGCUGCGAGAUCCGCACCCGCGCCGGCGGCGAUGGCACCGUCAGCGCAGCAGCAUUCGCAACGAAUGGCCCCCGGUCUCGGCUCAGCAUACAACCAUAGCGUCCCACUGUCCGCUUUGAGAGACGAAGUAAAUGGCGAUAGUUCAUCGAUUCCACCAGCAUCAAUGCGAUGUCAGCAGCAGCAAAAUUUCCCAGCGGUGCGGACUGGAUCACAAGGUCCAGCAACGCCGGCUCCCCCUCAACCACAGCACCAGAAGGAUGUAAAUGGGCCGAAUCCCAACAUGGCGGGGCCUUGGACUCACUCUAGCGCGCCCACACAGCAUCUGCUGGACUCCGAAAGCCCAGAAAACUCGAGCAGCGAGACUGGCUCCAUAGCAACUGGCAGCGACCCAAGACCGGGGAACACGGCCGGAAUGGUUGCGUCGAUGGUGGCCGGUGGCGGGAGCAUGGGCGCAACGGGUCACUUGGAAAAUGAAUGGUCAACUUACCAGGAGGAGGCUAUCAACGCCCUGUUCCCCUUCGACCCUCAAACCGGCAGCUUUGCGGGCUUCGGCGACCCGAUCACGAUGGGCAUUAAUAGUAAUAGCUGGGCCCAGCAGGCCCAGAGUCAAGUGCAGAUCCAAAAUGAUGGCAGGACAAGCAGGGGCGGGUACAACUGA